AAUUAUUAACAGGCAUCUGAUCUGAACAAGGCUCCUAACUCCGCAGUCUAAGGCUGUGAUUUGAUUCCUGGCAACAUGUGGUUGACGGGUCUGAGAUUUGCUCUCCUGGUUUGGAUCCCUGGAGUUCUGCCUGCUGUGAACGAAGCGGAGCCGUGCAGCGCUCCCGACCUGAAAAACGGUUACUUUCUCCCGGUGCAAGAGUUUUAUCCUCAUGGCUCACAUGUAAGAUACAGCUGUGAUACGGGAUACAAAACCACAGAGGAGGGAUGGUGGGCGACAAUAGAAUGUCAACAUGGCGACUGGUCCGAUAAACCGGAGUGUGUUGUGGAGACAGUCUGCCUUCCUCCGGUUAUUCCAAACGGCAAAUUCAAGCGAAACCUAAACGGUUCGUUUGAAAUAAACUGCAACGCGGGAUAUUCGCUAAACGGCCUGGAUAACAUCGUGGAGUGCCUCAGCGGGACGUUGUCCGCGGUGCCGCUCUGCCAGAAACAGCCCCAGGCGUGCGGCCAGCCACCAGCUGUCCCCAAUGCGGUCGUUAUUCAGACAUACCAGGAGGUGUUUGAUGCUUAUUCCACAGUGACGUAUCAGUGCAGAGAUGGAUUUCUGACACAGAACAGAGAGUCCGAAAAAACUGCCUACUGCGAUGCUGGGAACUGGGUCGGAAUUCCACGUUGCACUCGUUCUGCCAGACCAGGACCCCCGGACACUCAGACGACUUUCGUAUCCAUCGAUCGUUGUGGAGAAAUCCCUCAUGUUCCAAACGGACUUCCUGUGCAACAGGAGCAACGUUAUUUGAAAUACAAGUGUCAGAUGUAUUACAAGUUAGUGGGUCCUGAAACAGUGGUGUGUCACAGAGGUGGCACGUGGUCCGAACUCCCCAAAUGCAAAGAGGACUUCUGUCUUCUGAACACUGCAGAGUAUCCUGAUCUAAUAAAUACUGGUAAUACAUUUAUCAGAAAUGGGAAAACAGAGUAUCCAAAAUGUGUUGAUAGAUGGAUGUUAAAUCAUUACGUUGUGGCUCGGUGCAUCGAAGGAAGACUCCGUGUAUCUGAAUGCUGCUCCUGGGCCAAGAUACAAUUUGUGAGUAUUUGUGUGUUACUUAAAAAUGUUUUUGUUGCUCACAUGCUCUUAAUAUUUCAGGCAUUUCAAAGUAUAAAAUUGUUAUUUUUGUGUAUUUAUAUAUAUGUAUAAACAACUAAAUCAGUUAUUUUUUAAAUGUUUUUAUUGUAUCCAGAAUGCAUGCUGAGGCACCACUGGGAAAAUAUCUGACCUCCCUGGGCUGAGCUGAUGGACUGAGAACAAAUGGAAACAUGAACCCAUUUGAAACAACUUGACACUGAAUGUGUUGCUAACAACCAGGCUGGAUAUUUUCAUUCUGUUCUAGCAUACCAAUAAAAUUCAAUCUUGUUGA